AUGUUCCUCAGCUCGCGGGUGAUUGACGACCUGAACCACAUGGCUUCCAUAUCACCGGACAACAUCGGCAUUGCCUUCGUAUACUUCAGUUAUAAAGAGCGAGAACAACAAACCACUGCUUUGGUACUUUGCAGUCUUAUUCAUCAAUUAUCCUCCCAACUAUCCACCAUUCCAGUACUCCUUGAGUCAUCAGACGAUAAGCUUUCUCCACUGAACAAGGCAUUAAUAUCUGAUGAGGCUACUGCUCGCGAAGUGUUACUUGGAAUCCUGAAGGCUUUCAAGCGGGUAUUCUUUGUGUUUGAUGCACUAGAUGAGUUUGAUGAGGAAGACCAGCGCCAAGCGUUGAUUCCCAUCUUUCAUGAGCUUGGAAGUUCAGGCACAAGUGUAUUCGUAACGAGUCGGCCAUACCCACUUGAUAUAGUUCACUCCUUCCCGGCCAUAGGGGGCGUUGUAGCUAUCACGCUUGCGGCACAGGAGGAAGAUCUGAAGAUCUAUAUCCAGAGGAAAAUUGACGAUAAUCGACAUGCCAGAAGGCUCAUAUCAUCAAAGGUCGAAGAGGAUAUUUCGACAAGGUUGGUUGAGUGUGCGAAGGGAAUGUUCUUGCUGGUCCACUUUUUUAUAGAGGAUAUUUGCAAGCAGACCACUGUGAACGAGAUCAAGUCAUCUAUGCAGAAUCUUGACUCAUCACUGGCAGAGGAAGAUGCACUCUUUGAUAUUUACCAAAGGGUGAUACAGGAUAUCAAGGAGCAGCACAAGAGUAGAAGAACACUUGCAUUGAAGUCUCUCUCGUGGGCAGUCAAUGCUUUUCGUGCUCUUACUAUUGAAGAAUUUUGCCAGGCGGUUUCAGUUAGUGAUCACAUCAAGGACAUUGGCCCCGGGGACACCCCUGAUAUCAGUAUGAUAUUAGAGGUUUGUGGGGGUCUUUUACUGGUCGAUUCCACUAAUGGGAGAGUUAAACCUGCCCAUUUCUCCAUAAACGAGUAUCUCACAGGCAGUUGCGGCGCCAUACCUGAUGCUGCGAAGACUGUUACCACCGACUGUUUUAAGUUCCUUGUUUUGGGCUGCUUCGAACAGCCAUGCCUAUCAUACAAAGAGUACAGGGCCCGCGUAGAUCUGUAUCCGCUUUGGGAAUAUGCGACAUUCAAUCUCUACAAUAAUGUGUAUCUCUGGGACAAAGAUGAGUCUUGUGAGCCGUUUCUGAAGUUCUUGGGGUCCCCGGCGGUAGAUGUAUACAUUGAAGAUCGCCGUAGGCUAUGGCGUUAUCAGACCUGGCAGUUCCUUCCGCCGUUAAACCCUCUGGUCUUGCCUUUUUCUCAGGUGGUGGAGGCAAGCUAUUCAGGGCACGUUGCCACCUUUGAAUACCUGUGCAACGGCCUGCAGCAGGGUUCAAAGGACUUUUGCACCCUUUUACAGGCUGGGGUGUUAGCGGCGGUGGGAAUGGGGAAUAGAGAUAUGACGGUUGCUCUCUCUAGGACUGUGAGAUUAACUGAUGAUCAGAUUGUUUCAAACCUAAGCAGCGAUUUAGAGCAUCUUAUGAAGCUGAUGUUGUUUGCCGAGUUGUUUGGGAUUUUAGUUGGGGGUAACAAGGACUAUUUAGUUGACAUAGCGGCUCUCGUCACAGAUUCCGACAUAGGUGCUGUCAGGAUCUUCGUUAAGGAUCGGGUAGGGAGGUUUGAGGAGGUUACGGGAUCAAAGCUGAAGUUAAGCGACUUCACGAGACACUUCAUCAAUGCCGAGUACUAG